AUGCGCCUCAUUUCGUUCAUCUCCUGGCUGCUUUUCCUCGCAGUACCAGGCUUAACGGCUAUUAUUCCCAAUUCGAAUGGUAAUCAAAUUGCGGACUCGAUGAAUCAAAUCAAUCUCCAAGCACCAUCGCAAUCCCCGAGGACUGAUUACCCACCAACAGAACAGAAACUUGGGCCAUACACAAUAUUUUCAAGCUAUACGCAACGUCGAAAAUUCGCAUUACACGGGAAGGAUGAUCGCGAAAGGAAGGUCGCUUUGUGUGAAGCCGGAUUUACCAACGCCUGUCAAAUUUCAAUUGAAGAAGCAGAAGAAGCACACUCAGCCGCAAUUUCAAUUGCACAGAGUUCCAACGGCGAAUCAAAAAAGUUUAUCCCGCCACUAUUGGCUCCAAUAAGCCCAAUUUCCGAAAUUAAGGAAGAGAAACAACCAACUGGUGUUUUCCGAAACUCGUUUCCUCCUGUCGGUUUCUUUGUGGUUUGCAUUGCUGUCUACGCUCUGGAGUAUUUUGAGAUCAAACAGCCAACCUUUGAGUUUCAGAAAUCAGAAGAGAAUACAUCUUGCCUAUCGACUGGUCUAGCAACUCGCGUACUGAAAAUUGAUAAUACUAUCAACUUCAUUGGUUAUUUUUACAACCCCUGUGUGUCGUUUACUCGACGGUCCUCAUAA